ACCAAGUGGCUAUUCAUUCGAGUAUCUGAGUACGUGGAGAUCGGUGGUUCGGUACGGUUAUAUGAAUUUCAACGUUGCGGCAAAACGACGCAACAACAACAAAAACCAAAAAUAAAAACAGCAAAGCAAAUAGCUAUAGAACGAACGAGAGGGUGUGGGCGUUAGACGUGUGCGAUAAGAAACUACAAACGUCCAUACAUCGUUGCAUACUAAAAAUAUAUCUAUGUAUGUAGAAAAGAACGAUUCAGCAGAGUGCGGAUAAAACCAAAAACAGUGCUGGUAGUACCUGGCUAGUAGUGUUGGUGUUUAUGUGCGCGCAUGUUUUUAGUUUUCAAAGCAGCUGACGUGCAAAAAAAAAAAAAAAUUAAAAAUAAAAAUUAUUGAACAAAUAAAUAAAGUAAAUAAAAAUUGUUUCAAGUUGAAAGUGUUCGAUAAGCCAUACACCAAAGCGAAUUGAAAUCAAGUAAAGUAAAAAAAAAGCGUAAGCGUAUAGCCAAUUGAGCAGCAGCGGUCAACAGCGUAUAAAAUAAUUUAUCGAAAAUCGCAUAAAUCGAGGCGUUGGAUAAUUAUUGUGUACGUGUUAUAUACAAUUUUGCGCAAACCGGUGCAAUACAUUUUCCGACAAAAUUACAACAGCAACAGCAACACGAACAAACUAGGAAAACACGGAGCUAAGUGAAAUAUUAGUGCCAACUGCAGCAGAAACAUAUACAACAACAACAACAAGAGCAACAACAACAACAUGGCGCGAAGUUUACGUCCCCUUAAGAUCACAAUCGUCGGCGAUGGUAUGGUGGGCAAGACUUGCCUACUCAUUACAUACACACAAAACGAAUUCCCCGAAGAAUACAUACCCACGGUGUUCGAUAAUCAUGCCUGCAACAUUACGGUCGAUGGCAAUGAAUACAAUCUGACACUCUGGGAUACAGCUGGGCAAGAGGAUUACGAGCGUCUGCGUCCGCUGAGUUAUCCGAAUACGAAUUGCUUCCUGCUUUGCUAUUCGAUAAGCAGUCGAACAUCAUUUGAGAAUAUCAAGAGCAAAUGGUGGCCCGAGAUACGGCAUUUCUCCAAUAAUGUGCCGGUUGUGCUGAUCGGCACAAAGUUGGAUUUGCGGGUACCCAAUUCGGAAAAAUUUGUGACAACCAGCGAGGGACGUCGCCUGCGUAAGGAAAUCCAUGCGCAUUCUUUGGUGGAGUGUUCGGCUAAGAAGAAGAUCGGUUUGAAUCAGGUGUUCGAGGAGGCCGUGAGGGCGGUUGAGAAGAAACCAAGUACUAAGGCGAAGCAGUGUAUUUUGCUGUAAGCGUUGGUUAGGAGAUGCAAAUGGAAACGCUAGAGUGUUGAAGCAGUAAUUGCAAUAGGAGUAAAAAAGAAAAAAGAAAACAACUAAAAAAAAAAAAUGCGCCCACUACAAAACACUCGAUUCACUGCUGGCAAUGCAUUUGUUUCACGUGUUGCGUUUUAUGCGCCUAAAAGUCGACUACUUUUUUCAAGCAACGACGACGCAAGUGCGUGCUGAGUGAGGAGUGUAGUAAGUUUUUGAAGUUGUUGUUGCGCGCAGACAAGUCUAGGAAGUACGUAAAUACAGCAGGGCGGGUAGAGAGAACUUUGAGUUCUUUCAAAAUUUGUUUUUAUUAUUGUAUUCUUUUUAAAAAAUAUCUAAUGUAAAAUAUUUUAUUUGAAAAUAUAAAUGAAUUAUUUUUACUUUUAGUAUUUUAAGUGCAUGCAAUUGUAUACACAAACGUAUUUAUUUUUAUUAAAAAAAUAUAAAAUUUGAAUAUGUAUGAACAUGUAUAUCAAGGGUUCAGUCCACCAGCGUAUUAAGUUUGAUGGAAUUUGAAGAAUGAAAAUUUUAUAAAUAAUACAAAUAAGAAUAAAUUUUUACAAUAAUACUUGUGUAUGUAUGUAUGUACAUAUCGAUGGCCUCUGCCAUAACGACGCAACACAAAACUCAACAAAAGUGAAACCUUUAUAACUCUUUACCCUCUAAUGUCUUUAAUCCUCAACCAAUCCAUGUCUAAUCCUUGCCACUUAAUUUCUUAAUCGUUACUACUUAUUUUAGUAACAGUAGAUAGGGUUUAGACAAGGAUUAGAGGCUUAAGCCGUUUAACAUUUUUUUUUUGUCUUUUUUUUUUAAUUUUGAGCUGUGUCGAUAUGUACAUUACGGUGGUCCAAAAAUGUCCAUCAAAAUCGGAUUUUUGAAAGUUUCCAGCUGCCAUCGCAGAUAUAUAAAAAAAAA